AUGUACGGUGUAAUGUACGCUGUACUGUAUGGUGUCAUGUAUGCUGUAAUGUACGGUGUAAUGUAUGCUGUAAUGUACGCUGUACUGUACGCUGUCAUGUAUGCAGUAAUGUACGCUGUAAUGUAUGGGGUCAUGUAUGCUGUAAUGUACGGUGUAAUGUACGCUGUACUGUAUGGUGUCAUGUACGCUGUAAUGUAUGGUGUCAUGUAUGCUGUAAUGUAUGGUGUCAUGUAUGCUGUAAUGUAUGGUGUAACGUAUGCUGUAAUGUACGGUGUCAUCUAUGGUGUCAUGUACGCUGUAAUGUAUGGUGUAAUGUACGGUGUAAUGUAUGCUGUAAUGUACGGUGUCAUGCAUACAUUACUGCAUACAUUACAGCAUACACUACACCAUACAUUACAGCAUACAUGGCAGCAUACGUGA